CUAGGAUGUCUCUUGGCACUGUUAAAUGUCCAGGGUAUUUGUUUGGAAUUCUUAAGUCCAUUCUGGGAUCAAACCCAUGCAUGUUGACCACAGCGGGGCUCACACUUAAUGGUCUCAUAACCUGUAGGCUACUGGGGCAAAAGAGCUCAGUCACCACCAGCGCACUGCUGGUAGAAGGGCCGAUCAACCGCGGGACCCCCAACAUCAUGCAUGUCUGCACAGGUACAGGCGCAGGUACGGUACAUAUACUAUACAUGUACUGUACACGUACUGUACAUACGUAGACUAUGCUUACCUCUGUACCCCGCCGGCCUGGCCACUUUCACAUGCUUCCGGCCCUGGUAGUAAGUGGCCAGCAGCUCGGGCUCAGGAGCUCACACACGGGCGACCCUGGGCGCUGAUUCGCUGCAAGGCGGGAUCUAGAAGCGCAAAGCUCCAGGGCUAUUAGUAGAGUUCGAAUAACGACAAGGAAAAGGGUGAGAGUUUUGCGGUUGUUGCUUGCUGCGGAAAAGCUGGGAAGCAAGAGGUAGGUAGGUGCACGCACGUUUUCCCUUCUGCCUGAGGGGUUCUUGGCUUUGGAUUGGUCUUGAUCUCUCUCCUCAUUUUUUCCUGUUCUCUGCUUCAUAGUCAUAAUAACAACAACCCGGUUCCCCUCUUCUUCCCACCUUUUGCUGUUUUCUUCUUCUCUUCCUCCAUCUACCUAUAACUUUCUUAGGAACACAACUACUGCAUACUGCUUCGCAAUUUAUCCCCUAUCCAUAGUCCCAUAUAUAUAUUACUUGAUACACCUUCAGUCCUGACGUAUUGCAUCACCUGCUACCUGUAUAAAUCCUAUUUUCAAUAAACAAACCACCACUCAACAUGGGUGAACCCAUCGUCAAUGGCGAAAAGCCAUCCUCCCAGUUCCUCCAUCACCUCUCCACCCUCCCUGUAGUUUCCGACUCCCUUACCUACUUCAAGAACCACCCCUACGGCCAAAAGUCCCUCCAGCUCGCCGACCAAGGUUACGCCAAUUACGCAAAGCCCGUCCUCCCCUUCUUCUCCAAGCCCUACACCUAUGUCCGCCCCUACGUCGCCAAAGCCGACUCCCUCGGCGACGAAGGGCUCAAGCGCGUCGAAGACCGGUUCCCCAUCGUCACGAAGGACACGGAGACCAUCAAAGGAACUCUCAAGGGAUACAUCCACCUGCCACUGCGUGUUGUUGAGGAGGGCAAGAAUCAUGUGCUCCAGGUGUAUUCGUCCGAGUACAAGAACUGCGGUGGCGGCGAUGGAUACGUUACUGUCGGCAAGGCAGUGAUCACCACGGGCCUGACUAUCACGUCAGAAUCGUUGGCGUGGUUGAGGUCAUACAUUACGAAGGCUGAGGAGAAGGGGAGGCAGGGCGUUGAGGUUGUUUCGGAGAAGAAGCAGAAGGCUUCGAAGCAGAAACCUUCGAAGCAGUGAGAUGAGGGAUGAAUGACUCUUUCAAGUCUGUCCAAGCCUUGAUUCUCAAUCUAGACAAUUGACCCCCCCCCCCUAAAAAAAAGAAAGAAAAAAGAAAAGAAAAGAAAAGAUGAAAAAAAAAAAGACCUUCUUUCUCCUUUUAGAUUUAAAAAGUGUUUGUCUUCUUGUUGGUACUAAUUACUGAAUGGGUUCAGUUUCUUUCAUCCAUAGCUGCUACUUGUGUGAUAUUGAGGGUUUUUUUUGGGGGGCGAGAUUGUUCCUUCACUCUUGUCUGGUAUUUGAUUGCUUUUUUUAUUUUCAGUGGACAGGGUGUUCUAUCAUUUAUCAUUAUUGAUUUUUUCCAUUGCCAAUUGCCAAUUCCUGUGCUUUUUUUUUUUUUUUUUUUACCGACUUUUCCUCUCUCAUACAUCAUUGACAUCUUCUAUGUGUCUCAGGUUGUAUCAUCAAAACUGUACUAUUCUCUCUGCUAGUGCCUCUCUGCAUAACUUGCUUACUUUAGGUUAAUUUUUUUCACUAAUUAUUUAUAACAAAUCUAGUAUCUUUUGAGUUCUAAACUGGAAAGUUUCUCUCUACUUCUUUCAUUUCAUUCUUUCAUCUGAAAAUACAUAUUCUAGCUUGUGAUAAUUGAUUUUGUUUCCACUUUGUUGAGACAAUGUUCAAAAUAUGAUAUCAUCAUUCCUG